UGUGACUGAGGGCUGAGAGACGGUGUUCGUACAUGAGUGAAAAACAAAGAGGAAGAGCAAGACAAGAGUGAGCUACACAAAUCUAGAAUUUAUACCUCAGCAGGAAGUGAAGGAAAGGCUGCUGACAGGGACGUCUCAAAAAUGUUGUGGAUUUAAAAGCAAUGGGAAAAUAAAAUCACUGGAGUGGGGAAGAGCACAAAGCCUGGAGUAGAUCAUGGCAGAUGUGACCACUGUGUCACCAAAUCAAACAUCYAUCAACAUCACCCAAGGUACAUCAGAACACAGCGAUACAGAGCUGGUGCUGAUCGGUGCUGCCAUGGCUCUCCUCAUUGUCGCCAUCGUUUUUGGUAACGUGAUGGUUAUCACCGCCAUCCUCCGGUUCCAGCGACUCCAAACAAUCACCAACCUCUUCAUAGCAUCCCUGGCUGUCGCUGACCUCAUCAUGGGCGUGGUCGUGGUUCCCUUCAGCUCCAGUAACAUCCUGCUAAAUUCCUGGAAGUUUGGGAAUGUUAUGUGCAACUUCUGGACAGCAACAGAUAUACUGUGUGUGACGGCCAGCAUAGAAACGCUGUGUGUGAUUGCUAUGGAUCGCUACCUCGCAAUCAUGUCACCUCUCCGCUACCCAACGCUGCUCACCAGGUUCCGGGCAAUCAUAGUGGUUCUUGCUGUUUGGACAGUAGCCUCCCUCAUCUCCUUCCUGCCCAUUUUUCUGAACAUAUGGGUGAAGGAGGACCCACGUGCAGACGCGUGCUUAAAAGACGAGAACUGCUGCGAAUUCCACACCAACCCGCAGUACGCAGUGACAUCUUCAGUUGUGUCCUUCUACCUGCCUCUGUUUCUGAUGAUUUUCCUCUACAGCCGCGUUUUCCAGGAGGCUCAGAAACAGCUGGAGAAGAUCAGGGGCAGGGAGAGACACCUUUACAAUCUGCACAACUCGGCACAGCGAACUUCCCCGGAUGACAGCCCCGCACUGAAUAAACACAGGGCAAGAUCCGAUGUGGAGGAACCAGCAGGGGAGGACAGUUUAAACAUGCAGCAACCAGAUGAUCGAGAGGAGGGCAAAAACAAAACGAGGACACAAAAAGGGGGAGGAAAGCAGUCAACAACGAAGCGUCUUAAGUUUUGUCUUAAAGAGCAAAAAGCUUUAAAAACUCUCGGAAUCAUCAUGGGUACUUUCACAUUCUGCUGGCUGCCCUUUUUCAUCCUCAAUAUCAUAGUUUCUCUAAUGGAUAUUGGAGACAAUAAGGUUUUAGAAAUCCUUAACUGGAUCGGGUACUCUAAUUCAGCCUUCAACCCGCUCAUCUACUGCCGCAGCCCCGAUUUCCGACACGCCUUCCAGGAGAUACUUCAUUUAAGGGGCAAGGGAGGACGCUGGAGAAGGAGGGCAGCGUGCGGCUGGUGCGAUGUGAAAAAUCACUUCUCCAAGUCCCUGCACAGGCAGACUGGGAGCUCGGAUGUGGACAGUGCCAGGGCGCUGGACAGCCGGCAAACAUCGAGGUGGAAGGACACACUGGAGAGCUCAGUUCAGGACAGCUCACCAACACUUGCUCUGCAGACAACUGAUUCUGAGCAAGUUCUAGACGUGGCUCCGGGUUCCCUGUCCAGCUGGCAGACCAAGAGCUCCAGCAGUAAGACUUGUAAGGAGGAUCUCGCUUCAAUUGCUUGACCAAAUACUGUACAAAAAAAAGUUGUUAGAGCUUGACUUGAGAGCACAUCAACAACCAAAUAGUCCAACUCAAAGGUCUUGGUUUUUGCUCAUUUCUGAAGCAAAGAUAACAUGUCAGUGUUACUGUGGGUUUUUACUGUAUUUCAUUUGUGGACUCUGUUUUUUACCACUGGAUUAUUGUUUUUUUCUUAACUCUUACUAAACAAACAAGGGCCAGACUAGUUUCAGAUUAAGUGUGGAAUAGMUAAGUUUAUCCACAGCACAAACUGGGAAACAUCUUUAACAAGGGUUACUCACAUUUGGAUACUUUACGGUCUUUUUAGAGAAUUUUUUUGUUAGAAUUUUGUGUUUUUAUGUMCGUUUGAAUGAAAGUUACCCUUUUUUAACUUGAGUAUUGUUUCCUAAACCAAACCAAACAAAUAGAAAUGAUAAUAAUUGAAUUUGAUAUUGUCAGUUGAAGAAUAAAACUGAAAUAAAUAAUCUUAGAAAACAGAAAAAGAAUAAGAACUGAGACAAAAGUUCUGGGAAAAUAAAAAAAAAAACCCUAACCUAAUGGUACCAACUUUUUUGUGAAUGUCUUCUAUGUGACUUCUGAAACCACAAGUUUUUAGCUCCAACAGAGUUAUGAGUAUUUAUACCUGUGCAGACAAAGACACUUUACCUUCGUAGAACUUGGAUUUUAAAAUAAAAGGCCCACUUUUUAAUAUUUUCAGUUGGGWUAAUGGAUCAUUUGCACCUUUUUUGUAUUAGACUGGGUUGCACAAGCAGCUAUAUCAGCACUGUAUUCAAAUCAAUGUUAUCUUUCAUCUUUAAAUGAGAGCUAGAAGAAUUGCUKAGUACCUGUUUAAAAUCCCUCAAACAGCUGAUGGUUGAAUUAUUAGAGUAAAGAUUACAAUCUCAAAAUAAAAGCAAACACACAAAUGGCUCAAUUUUACAGCUAAGCUUAACCUUGGUGUGGUAGUAGCUGAGAGUCGUUUUCAAAUUAUACUCCAAGAGUAUGAGAUUGCGCACAACGUAAUUUUAAAAAUUUGAUCAUAAUUUCAUUGUGCUCUGUACAAUGACAAUAAAGGUCUAAUCUAAUCUAAUCUAAUCUAAUCAUUAAAUGUGUCCCUUCUCAUCAUAAAAUGAUCUUACUUUAAACUCUAGCAGAAAAAGCAGUGUUUCAUAAGAUUCCUAAAGAAUGUGAGACCUUUAGCUCCUUGAAAAGAACAAAAUGCUGCAUUUGUUGUUGGUUCAAAUCUACACAGUCAAGCCGGGAAGAAAAUGCAGUUUUUCCCACAAAGCACCAAUUUUACUGUCUCAUAAUUUAUUGAACACUUUCUUGUUCUGUGUUUKUUUCACCAGAUAAAUAAUUUGCCAAGAGACUAUAAAACAUAUUUCAAUUUUGGAAAAUUAAAAAAAAUCUAGCCAUUUUGUGUUUUAACCACAGAGUACUGAAAACACAACUGGUUGCAAUGUAAGUUAUUCACAUCAGAAAUUAUUUUUUUUGUAUAAGAAUCACUUUCAUCCACUUUGAUCAAAAAUAUCUUGGCUUCUCUAGAUAACUUAUUCAGAAAAAAAUAAAACUCUGCUCGCAUCGUUAAAUAAAUUAUAUUUUCACAGAAAUGUUUCCACAAAACUAGAUUUUUCAAUAGCUCAAAAAAAAUCUUCAGAAUUUAUUAGAAACUGCUGCGUUUUGAAGCCCAGCUUUGACAAAAAAAUAUUUCAAAUUUUAAGCAAAUGGCGUGGCUGUGGGUGGGCCCUGCGUGGUCUGGUCCCACCCACUUUUUUUUUUUACUAAACCCACUCCAUCAAAUACUCUGUUUCAUUAUUUCUUUCUUUUUGUCUCCUAAUUUCCUAAAGAAUAAAAUAAUGUUCAAUGUUACCAAUUAAAUAACCUUGAAAAAGUCUGUUUUAGUGACAGACUGUUCAGUCUAAAUUCAUCCAUUAAUCUAGACUCUUAGAUUUAAAAACUUUAAGUUGCUAAAUCAAGAAACGUGAUCUUUGUUUCACUUUAAUUUUUUUUCCAAGAUGUUUUAAAAUUAGAUUCCUUGGUGUACACCUGGUGAUAUUUUGUAUUGUAAUGGUCACAAGUUUCUGCUACUGCUGUUAWGCAGGCUGGAAGUUAACAGAUCAACAUAGAUGCAAAUGUUAGUCCAGUUUUCAUUUAUACAAAAUUGUGGCCCACCAGUAUUCAUCCAGGCCCACCUGGAAGCCCCUGUUUGAUUUUACCACUGCUAGAAAACAGAUGGAUGGAUCUUAGAUGAUCCCGGUGUCCACAUCUGUGAUUAACACCACAGGAAACAGCAGGUUUUCAGAUAUUUAAUAGCCUUACUAAUAACAGUUCUUUUUAAAUUUCAUUGGCAAACAAAUUGAACUUUUUGCACCCUGAAGCCUUAUUUUGGUAGAGCAUGGUCUCACUCGGGGCUGAAUUAUGAUAACUUUAUGAAGAACAGUUCUCCUGUUUUAAAUCACUUCCUGAUAAAACCUCAGAACCUUUAACUGCGAUGUAUUUGAGCAUGAGAUAAACAUCUGAGACCCAAGCUUGUGACUAUCAGAUGGGUCUUUUAUUUCCUACCCAUGUUCCUUUUCCUCUACGGCACUUUCCCUGGAAUUAUCUCUCACCUCCACGAACCUGCACUUUCCUUUUGUCCUGUCUGCUUUGGCUCUCCGACACCGCGAUCUGUCAAACAGAGCGGGAGGGAAUCCGCAUCGAGCAGUGGCGUCUGCUGCUUCGAGAACUGUUACAUUUACUUCUCACAACUGUUGCGAUAGUUUACAUAACUGUUUACUUGGAAAUAAAUGCUUAACCUGAGCAGAAACUUAGCUUAAAUGUAAAUUACAUUGUUGUUAUCAUACCUUUUCUGACUGUUUUAUAAAAAAUAAGAUGAGUUCGCCACAUGAAUUUGAAAACAAUCUUUCUGAUUUUUUUUAUUACAGUAGAUGAAAAGGAUUUUGAUGGUUUUGAACUAUAAAUAUAAUCUUUAAAAGCCUGAAUGUUUAAUGUUGUUGUGGUUAUUGUGAUUAAUAACUGUUCAAAUCAUGAGUCCAUGCAACGUCUCACAUGUAUCCCACGAAGGUGCUGUCAUCUUGUUGUCUGUUUUACUUGACCAGAUUUGGGGUUUUGUUUAAUCUCUGACACAUUCAACAUAUGUUACAAUUAGGAUUUMUUUUCAAACGUGUCCUAUAAAUAGUGAUAGAACUGUGAUUGUGUGUCCAGCUUAAGAGUUUAUGAAGCAGAACUGCAGCUUCAUUUGUUGAAAUGUGAUUUUCUACCUCCAUCAGAGUCAAAUGAAUGUCAUUUCAGUGCUGUAAAUAUUUAUUCAUGAGUCGUGGUGUAUGUUCAGAAGUAAAAGAACAAAGUUUAAAACGGUUAAAA